AGGGCUGUAUCUGCUCCUUGAAAGGAGGCAUAUAGGGGUGUGGAAGCUGAAGUUCAGAGGACAACAGGUAUAGGGGAUACCCCAAUUUCAUUAUUUCCCAUGGGGAUCCAUUCCAGUCUUGGACAGCCAUGGUCAUUGCUGAUUCCUGUAUGUGUAAAGACGCUCCAGCUGCCAGGGAGUGAGAACUGAGAGGGUCAGUGAUCCACCUGCUGUGAGGCGGCUGUCCCACCAGCAGCUCUUGGCUCAGGUGACAAAGAAGGAGUUAACAAGUGUGAUUGCAAGAACCCCAGGCCAGUGACCAGCCCAGAGCACAGGGAGCAGGACUGAGCUGGUGGGUGCAGGCUGGCGUGAACAUGAAGGAGUUCUGCAGUGCUCUGCUGGCUCUGUGCUGGGCUUUCAGGGUUGGAGAAUCUCGAGAGAGCCUCCCGAUGCAGAGCCUGCACUGCUACAAUGACUACACCUCCCGGACGACCUGCACGUGGCAGGAGUGCACAGCGGCACGUCGCUUCAUCCAGGUGACUCUUCACCAUGAGGACAAUAUAGACAAGAGAAGCACACAGAUCCCAUGUGAGCCUCAGGGAGGCAAGGAGUUGCCGAUCUGCCAGGACUCCUGUGUCUGCUGGAGCUGCCACAGGAACAGCACCCAUUUUGGACUUCGGGUGAACGACAAUUACAGUUUCAAACCUGAUCGGUUGCUGCAGGCUGAGCUGAACGUCAGCCUCUUCCAGAAUGGUAAGGGAAAGACAUCCACCACUCUCUUCUCUCCAGGAUUAUUUUUGAUCCUUUCACAUGAAUACUUCUCCUUCUGCGCAGGUCCCCCCACCCUAUCCAAGAAUCCUGAUCCCCAGAGUGGACUGGGUUAA